CAGACACAGGCAUAGCCUCCCCGCCUCCUCUCAAGAACAACAGAGGCCUCUCCACUCUCUUGGAUGUAAAAGACGAAAGUGAGUGCGUAACUAGAGGCGUUAGUGGUAGAUUAUGCAAUGGACUCCUGCUGGAGGUUACCUAUCGCGCCGACCGGCCCUUUUCUGAGGGGAUGAGCUUUGCUGAUGUGGAUAAGUUAUGAACUGAUGUGAACAAUAGGUACCGCCCACGUGCCCCCGGCGUGUACACACGCCGGGGCAGGGCGGAAGGGUCUGGCAAAUGCUACGAGUUACAUAAAAUCCAUACGGCCUACCGGCGUGCUACGAAUUACGUAAAGAGUGGCGGGCUAUGGAAUAAGCAAAGCAGCUCCGCGCUACAAGCUACUACGUGCUACAUAAACCCCCACCCUGGCAGCACCCGAAACGCCCAAAAGGAACUCCUUCGAACGAAUGAGGCAAACGGGUAACCAAAUACAUACGCCGAGAGUCAAAUCCUUGAGCAGAUCACUCCAGGCCUGCUGUUUUCGGUUCUCAGCGUAGUGGCUGGGCGAAGCACUGCAGUCGACUCCGCUCACCGUGAGAACCUCGCGCGCCCCCUGGCCCGGGUUUUGGGCGUGGGUCCCCUACUCUUGGAGCGUGUUGCGCCUCCGGCUGGCAUGGCAGUGCCACGAGGGGGGCCCCAGGCUUGUCGCUUUCGGUUCUCAGCAUAGUGGGCGAAGCACUGCGCCCGACUCCGCUCACCAUGAGAACGUCUACCGUGGGUCUUUUCCGUGGAGAGAGCUAGGGGGUGGCUCCGUUCUACUCUCGGCCUGUUUGCGGGGUUUUACUCUUUGCGCCGUUUUGGGGUUUCCAUCCAAAUCGCGCAGCUUUAUGGUGUCGCGUUGCUGCCUACGUUUCAGCUGCUUCGCGUGUGCUCUCUGUGAGCCAUUUACCCUCCCAAGCUUACGGCAAGUUGCGCCCUAUCGCUUAGCUUCCCUAUCUGCUUCUGGCUUUCUCGAGAGGUGUGGGCAUGCGUCAUCCCAAGGCUUUGAUCUAAGUGAACAAGAACAACGCCACGCGAGCAGUGCUGUGCGGCUUUCAUGUGCUUGGGCGAUGCAAUCUGUGAGCCGCUUGAGCUUUCUGAUCAGAAAGCAGGCCCAAGCCUAUGGGCUUGCUAGAAACUUAUGGCUUACUCGAGAGGCCUUGUCCUUUGCGCCCAUUCUUUUCUGAUCCAAAAAGCGCAGCGCGAUGAAGUUGCUGCGUACUUGUGAGCUGCUUAAGAGGUCCCACCCUUUGGCUCAGUUCAAGACCCUCACCCAAACGGCGCAACGCUGUGAAGCUGCUGGCCCUUUUGACUUGCUGGGAAGGUCUCACCCUCUGACCCAGCGCAGGCACCCUACCCAAAAGGCGCAGCCUUAUGAAGUUGCUGCCUACUUUUGAGUGACCUGCUUGAAAGGCCUCGGCUUUUGACUCUGCUCAAACCUCCCACCCAAAAAGCGCAGCUGUAUGAUAUUGCUCUCUACUUUUGACCUGCUUGAAAGGUCCCAGCCUUUCAGUCAGCUCACUCUCUCAGAGGUCUACCACAAUCAAAGGGCGCAACUCUAUGAAAUUGCUGCCCACUUUUGCCCUGUUGGAAAGGUCUCGCUCUUUGGCCCAGAUCUGGCCAGCUUGGUUAUUCAAAGCGCGCAGCUUUAUGGAAUUGCUGCCCACUUUUGACCUGCUUGAAAGGUCCCACCUUUUGACCAAGCUCGGGCAUCCUAUCCAAAAAGCGCAACGCCAUGGGGCUGCUGUCUGCUUUUGGCUUGGCUUGCUUGAGAGGUCCCGCCUUUUGCCUUUCUUUGCUCAAGCUCCUUGCUCAAAAAGCGCAAUCUACUUCAUGAAGCUGCUGCCUACUUUUGGCCUGCUCAUAAGGUCCCACGCUUUCACUCAGUCAAGCCAGGCGCCUUACUCAAAGAGCGCAACUCUAGGAAAUUGCUGCCCACUUUUGACCUGCUUGAAAGGUCCCACCUUUUGACCCAGCUCAGGCCACUCAGGCAUCCUAUCCGCUGCGCGCAGCUUUAUGCGAUUGCUAGCUGCCGUCUACUUUUGGCCUGCUUGAAGGGUCCCACCUUUUCACUCUGCUCCACCCAGCCUCCUACGCAAAGCGCGUGGCUUUAUGCGUUUCUUGUCUAUUUUUGACCUGCUUGAAAGGUCCCACCCUUUGACCCAGCUCAGGCCCCUUAUCCAAAGAGCGCAACGCUAUGAAGCUGCUGCCUCCUUUUGAGCUGCUUGAAAGGUGUCGCCCUUUGACUUAGCUCAGACCUGUUAUCCAAAGAGCGCAACACUAUACCGUUGCUGUCAGCUUUUGAGCUGCUUGAAAGGUCUCACCCUUUGACGUCGCUCAGACUCCUUAUCCAAAAAGCACAACUUUAUGAGAUUGCUGUCUACUUUUGACCUGCUUGAAAGGUCUCACCCUUUGAGCCAGCUCAGACCUCGCAACUUUAUGAGAUUGCUGUCUACUUUUGAUCUGCUUGAAAGGUCCCACCCUUUGAGCCCGCCCAGACUCCUUAUCCUAAAUAAAAGCGCAAACUUAUGGGAUUGCUGUCCACUUUCGAGGUGCUUAAAAGGUCCCAGCCUUUUAGUUUGAGCCAGCUCAAGCUUCUUAUCCAAAAGGCGCAGCUUUAUGAAGUUGCUGUCUACUUUUGACGUGCUUGCUUGAGCGGCCUGAUCCUUUGGGUCAGCUCGUAAUCCUUAUCCAAAGCGCGCAGCUUUAUGCAGUCGCUGUCUACUUUUGACCUGCUUGAAAGGUCUGACCCUUUGAGCCAGCUCAGGCGCCUGAUCCAAAAAGCACGCAGGUGCUAACUAGCUCAGCGUAUAGCUGCUGGGUGCUUGCCUCUGUUUGCAUUUCUUUGUUUGCAUGUGGGUCCUUUUUGUAGCACAUACGCAGACGCAGCGGAUUUUCUUCAUGAGAUGACUGGCCCCAGGCUGAGGCGCUUCGCUCUUCGUUUUUUGUCCAUGCAGCGCAGUCCUUUGCUUGUGCUGUUGGUUCAGGGUUUUGAGGUACUGCCGAAAGCCUUAGCAGGAGCAGAAUCGCGGGAAAGUUGUACUCAAAAGCGCGGCACUUUUACGGCGCGAGAUGUAUACAUCUAGCCCGUACAUCUUUCCCAUGAUUUCCGUACAUCUCAAAAAAGUGGAAUUUUGGAAACCUACUAUGAAUCGCCCCGGUGUAAGUACAUCUCAAGAGUACAUCUUUCCCGUGAUUUACGUAUAAGAUAUAUAUCUCGGGAUAUAUAUCUCAGACGUAUACAUCUCACCCGUACAUCUUUGCCAUGAUUUGCGUACAUCUCAAGCCGUAAGUUCACUCCUGUUUAGCAUUCAAAAUAAGUUUUGGUUUAUAAUAUAGAUAAUUAUAGUAUAGGUUAUACGGAGAGAACUAAAGCACGUAAUUACUAAGGUUACAACGGACGACAGAACAGCGCAUUCUAUAUAAGUGCUAUGCUACCUGGUAAAAUCAAACUCGACGACCACUAUUGCAAUCCCUCGAAGCACGUGUGCCGUCCUCUCAGGUUUUAAGUAGCCUUCUAACUUCCGAAUCCGAAUUCGUGACUUUACUGUCCCUUCGCGAGGACUCCGACGACGAGCUUCCGUAUGCUUACUUGCAGCUUUUUACCGUCUACGAAUGGAAUGAGGUCCUCUCGUCUGGAGGAUCGACGAGUGGAGAUGACGACGUAGCAUGCCUAGUAGAGAAGUUGCUGGACCACAAGAACGCAGACUGCUAAAUUACUCUGGGUAAGUUUCUCGUGGAAAAGCGUGAAGAGAAGCGCUUGCUUGAUGCAAUCGGACUAGCAGCCUGAGACAGGUGGCCGCUAGCUGGUUUGAUCCCUGUGGGUAAUCGUUUUGGGGUUGCUUGGAGGUCUGUGCCCUUUCGUGGGGUAUCAUGAUUGGGAACGUUUGGCGUGCGCAUCUGGGUUCCUUCGUGCUAUCAUCAUCGGCCUCAUAUGGUCACCGACGUCGCUACUUAUGUAGACCCCGCAGAUUCUUCUGAGUGGAUGCGUGUCAGAUCACACAGGAACUUCUCACGAGAAUAGACAUGCCUUGCUGAUCUUUAUGCACUUUGAACUGCUCCGAACUUCUGGAACGAUAUGGACACGGCUACAGCUAUGGACGUGCAAGGUGUAUAGGAGAGAUGCCGGGCCGUAUGAGAGUUAACCUGUGAGCAAUAGAAAGAAAAACAACAAGUAGCAGUCUUCUUCGAAGAUGCGCAUGACGUGGUCACGGAUGGUAGCGCCUUUCUUUCUGAGCUCACUCUCGGAGGUUCGAGUCCUGGAUGGACGCAUGUGGGAUGCAGGCGAGGAAACUCUCCACUAUUGUCGAGACUUAUUUCCACUAAAUUGUUCUUAUUGCUGCAUUUCUAAUUAAAACCCGAGAUGUUUCGAUCGAAUUGAGCUUUCAUUAGGACACAGUUUCCAUGUAGUAGUUUACAAGCGUUCAAUAAUAAUCAAUUGUUCCUCCGCGACGCGCCUGGGCUGGGUUCCUAGGAAGACCGCUCCAAGCGGGAGCUCCGCUUUCAUUUCUUAAUGAGCCACUUCAACUGAGGAAAGAACAAAAGACUUC